AAUGUGGUAAUGCAUUGAGAGAGCUGCAAGAUAAUAGAAAUAUUUUAAGUAACAGUGAUCAACAUGAAAGUAAGGGAAAAUUGUCUGAUACUGAUUCAGUAGAUGUGAAGAAAGGUGGCAUCAUUGAUAGGCAACAGUACAUGGCAAGUUCUGAUAAUGAAAGUGUGAAACAGAGAAGAAAGGCAAGACGUAGAAUAGUACUAACGUCAGAUACUGAUUCAGGAGACAUGAAUGAUAGUUACAUCAGUGACAGGCAAAAGAACAUUUCAAGUUCUGAUAAUGAAAGUGUGAAACAGAGAAGAAAGGCAAGAAAACGUACGAUGGUACUAACGUCAGAUACUGAUUCAGGAGACAUGAAUGAUAGUUACAUCAGUGACAGGCAAAAGAACAUUUCAAGUUCUGAUAAUGAAAGUGUGAAAUUGAAAAGAAAGGCAAGAAAAUGUACGAUGGUACUAACGUCAGAUACUGAUUCAGGAGACAUGAAUGAUAGUUGCAUCAGUGACAGGCAAAAGAACAUGUCAAGUUCUGAUGAUGAAACUGUGAAAUGGAGAAAAAAAGACAAAUUGUAUGAGUGUAAUAUCAGAUAA